CGUCACAGGAAGCAGACUUCAGUUGCGGAAGUAUAAUGUGUAGGUGAUCGUUUCAGUACAUGUUUUGAUGUAGCAGUUUAGUGCAAUGUCUAAACUGUACACAGAGAAACUGACCCGGCUCUACGAGCGGUAUCGGGAGUACGUUACGAAGAACCCUGCAGCGACUGGACAACUGGAGAGCACCGUAAGAACGCUGUCGUACCUCAUUUCAGGGCGUUUCACUGACUCCCACGAAAUCUCUGAAUUGGUGUACUCUGCCUCCAACCUGCUGGUGCUGCUUAAUGAUGGCAUUCUGCGCAAAGGGCUGUGUCGAACCCUACCCAUGUCUCUCUCUCAGCAGAGGCUUCUCACCUGGCUGUCAGUGGUGGAGUACGUGGAGGUGUUCCUGGAGAUGGGGGCCACCAAGCUGUGGGGGGAGGGAGGUCGCUGGCUGGUCAUAGUGCUCAUCCAGAUCACUAAAGCCGUCUUGCGCUUCCUACUGCUCUUCUGGUACAAAUCUGGCAUGCAGACUUCCCCUCCUAUUACCCCACUGGACAGGGAGGCACAGGGAGGCAACGAUGAGGACCAUGAUGACCACCAGGAUGACAGCUCCUUCGUGGGCCAGCGGUCAGGGAGGGUGAUGAGGCCGUUGGGCAAUGCUCCCUCUCUGCAGGCCCGUCUGUGGGCAGCCCCCAGUAGGGAGAAGAGGUGUGCUGUGGAGGAGGAUCUGACCUCUAGUCCCACUGCCCUGGGGGUCCAGGAGACCAUAGCAGAGUCCAUGUACAUCGGACGCCCGCUGGUACACUUGCUCUGCCUGGGAAUGUGUGGGAGAGGCUCCUGGAAACCGUGGCUCGUAUCUGGAGCCAUGGAAAUGACCAGUUUUGGUUUGAUGAGUGACACUAAGUCUCUGAACCGGCGGGAGAGGGCGGAGGUGAGGAGGAGGGCCUUUCUGCUUCUGUACUACCUGCUCCGCUCCCCUUUCUACAACACAUUCUCUGAGACAAAGAUCCUGUUCCUACUCCGAUUUCUGUCAGACAACGUUCCCGGCGUCGGGCUGGUUGCUCGACCUCUAAUGGAUUACCUACCUGUCUGGCAGAAGAUCUACUUCUAUAACUGGGGCUGAGGGCAAGAGGUGGUUGAAGGUCACCUGGCCAGCUGGAUAGGGAUCGACACUAAAGAGGGAGACCCUCAGUAAAAUACAGAGACAGAGACACACAGGGACUCAAGUCCCCCACAGACUCACUGGAAAACCUGCGCUGGUUAAUCUGCUCUAUUUCAACUGGGACCCUCAAAUAAGAUCCAACAUGCAGUUAUGUUGCUAGGGCAUGCCAGAGUACCUUACGGAUCCUUCCGUUCUGUUGCUAGGGCAUGCCAGAGUACCUUACGGAUCCUUCCGUUCUGUUGCUAGGGCAUGCCAGAGUACCUUACGGAUCCUUCCGUUCUGUUGCUAGGGCAUGCCAGAGUACCUUACGGAUCGUUCUGUUGCUAGGGCAUGCCAGAGUACCUUACGGAUCCUUCCGUUCUGUUGCUAGGGCAUGCCAGAGUAUCUUACGGAUCCUUGCCUUUUGCAUUCCCUCCUUUAUUUUUGUAAUCUGAGUGAUAUCUGUCAUAUCUUCCUUCAGACUGAUCUUGAACCAAUGAUUAUAUGAUGAAUUGAUGCUGAUUUAGUUUUCUUAUUUUGUAAACUAUACAUUACCCAGUGGUGUUAUUGACCGAGUGGUAUGAGAUAUCUUUGGCACCGCUGGUGAUGAUCACCAUCUUGUCAGUCAGUUUUGCUGUCUGUCACUGGGAACAAUCCCUCCUAAAUGUCUCCAGUUAAACAACCCACUACAGCUAGCCCUGAUGGGUUCUGUGCAGUUGGUCCUACAGCAUUACAUCAAAUGACUUUGAGGCUGGUUGAAGUUCUCUCUAUGGGGCUGUCCCAAUAUCUAAUUUCUCCCAAAGUGUGCACUUGUUCACGCCUUCCCACAUCUAGAUAUGUAUUUGGCAUGGGCUAGUGGGAGUUUCCACCAUAUUUCGUAUACUAGUCAAUUCCUUUCAAAUCUGUGAAGGGACAUUAAUUGGAAGGAGAGAAUUGGGCCCUUAUGUUUGUCAGAUUGGGUAGAAAAACAAAUGAACAAUGUAUGUGACCAUGAUAUGGAAUCUAACAUUUGUAUAUUAAAUAUAUGCUGUAUUCUCAUUUAACUAGGCAAGUCAGUUAAGAACAAAUUCUUAUUUACAAUGACGGCCUAGGAACAGUGGGUUAACUGCCUUGUUCAGGGGCAAAACAACAUUUUUACCUUGUCAGCUCGGGGAUUAAAUCCAGCAACCUUUCGGUUACUGGCCCAACGCUCUAACCACUAGACUACCUGCCGUCCCGUCUAAUUGUUACUUAAUUGAGGUUGAGAAUUAAGAAUCGAUUUUUGUAGUUUAUCCAGACUACUUGAAGACAACCAUCUGGAAAUACAUUGAAACCGGGUUGUUUUCCCUGUGUGAUAAAAGUGUUGAUGAUUGGGGGAAGUGGAAUGUUGUGGCUGUUGAAGAUGAUUGGGGGAAGUGGAAUGUUGUGGCUGUUGAAGAUGAUUGGGGGAAGUGGAAUGUUGUGGCUGUUGAAGAUGAUUGGGGGAAGUGGAAUGUUGUGGCUGUUGAAGAUGAUUGGGGGAAGUGGAAUGUUGUGGCUGUUGAAGAUGAUUGGGGGAAGUGGAAUGUUGUGGCUGUUGAAGAUGAUUGGGGGAAGUGGAAUGUUGUGGCUGUUGAAGAUGAUUGGGGGAAGUGGAAUGUUGUGGCUGUUGAAGAUGAUUGGGGGAAGUGGAAUGUUGUGGCUGUUGAAGAUGAUUGGGGGAAGUGGAAUGUUGUGGCUGUUGAAGAUGAUUGGGGGAAGUGGAAUGUUGUGGCUGUUGAAGAUGAUUGGGGGAAGUGGAAUGUUGUGGCUCUGAGUGCCUUUUCAAAAGUUGACUUACCAGAGGAAAAAGGAAAGGUCUAAUGUACUUAUUUGAAAUUGUGUGAAUGUUUAUGAGUCCUAUAAAUGUGUUCAAUAAAUCAACAGAAUAAUAA